AUGCAUUGGCUCGCGUGGCGGAAGCUGUGUCGACAUAAAACUGACGGGGGACUGGGAUUUAGGGUAAUAGAAGAUUUUAACACAGCGCUACUCGCAAAACAGUUAUGGCGCCUAAUGGAUAACCCGGAUUCCCUGUUUGCUAAAGUUUUCAAGGGGAGAUAUUUUCGGAACUCAACCCCCUUGGACCCAAUUCGCUCUUACUCUCCAUCUUAUGGAUGGCAGAGUAUCGUUUCAGCUCGACCUCUGGUAUGCAAAGGACUUAUUAAAAGAGUUGGUUCAGGUUCAUCUAUAUCUGUAUGGUAUGACCCCUGGAUUUCCGAUUCUUGCCCGAGGCCAGCUAUCUGUAAAGGAAUUAAUUACUACCCACACCUCACGGUGAAUCAGUUAAUUAAUUCCCAGACCUCAACGUGGAAUCGACCACUAUUGCAACAAUUUUUUGAGAGUGAGGAAAUCACUCGCAUUACGGGUAUAACAGUGGCUACUGGAUAUAAACCCGAUACCUGGGGCUGGUUUUAUACAACAACGGGUCGGUAUACGGUUAAAUCGGGAUAUACUGUGCUACAGGAGCUUUCUCAGAUGAGGGGACACUACCAGUCUUUGGACCGGACACUCGGAGAUUGCAAGCGCAAUCCUGGAAGUCGGGGAAUGCGUGUGGACCCACUGUGCGUGAGAUGUGGUAUGGGAGAUGAGACUAUCAAUCAUAUGCUCUUUGAGUGUCCCCCGGCCCGACAGGCCUGGGCACUCUCUCCCAUACCUACGCCUCCCCAGUUUUUUCCUACGGGAGCACUGUACUCAAAUAUGGCACAUCUAUUCUGGAACCUCCCAGACAAUGAUGACAUGUUGAUGUAUCCAUGGUUACUCUGGUUUAUUUGGAAAGCUCGUAAUUACAAAGUUUUCUCAAAUGAUGAUCAAAAUCCGCAGGAAGUAAUGGAAUCUGCGAUAACGGAAUCCCGGGCAUGGGUAGCAGCACAAACGGUAGCAGACGGAGUAUAA